AUGCCCACCUGGACAGGGUGGAACGAGCAGGCGGUGCGACAGAAGCCAGCCAAUACCGACUCUUUGACCUCUGCAGCAGUUCCAGUACCUACGAUGGGUUUUACAGCAAUCAAUGCGUCACGAGCCGGCAACAUUGGUCCCCAGAGCACCAGUCAGACGCAAGCAAUCACAGAUGAUGCGGGAUCUUCGGAACGCAAGACCAUGCCAUCAAUCGCGGAAUACCUUGGUCGAGGAGAUACUUCGGAUCCCCCAGUCACUCAAGCCCUUCGUGGAGCAGGCGCAAAGAAGGCCAGCGGCCGAGGCAGGAAGCGAGCUGGCACCGCCAACACCUCAUCCACGAGGAAGCGGCGCAAGGUCAGCGAUGUAUCAGAGAGGAUGGCGGUAACGAAGCCGGUGGAGAAGCAGGCAAAGACAAAGGCGAGCAUGAAAGCCGAUACUGCCUCUUCGAGUGUCCAAUCUGAAGUUGAAGUGACGACGCAUUUACCCCCGGGAACACCUGACGAGAGUAUAGGGCAUGACUCCGGCCUGCCAAUCUCAGUCUUUGCUCCUCCGACCUCCAUGAGCAGCCAUCAGCAUUCCACCCAGCAGACCUCCAUCAACGCUUUGAAAUCAAUACAAGGCCGUACAAAGACGAUCUAUCGACGCACGCAGACCCUAGCUGAAGCUCAGGCCAGCCUCACCUAUGCGGAGCCGUGGAUGAAGCAGCAAGAUGCUGCGCACUCUGGAGAAGUAAACAAAGCUUCGACGCGGGUCUUACGGCCACGAAAGGAGAAGCCGGCGGAAGAAGAGGUCGUCUGGAAUGAAGAAGAGCCAAUUGCACCGAAACGCAAGGACCAGUUGAACAACAGCGAUAGCGAUGCUACGUCAUUCCAUACAGCUGCAACCCAAACAAAAGCAGCUGCUCAACGACAACCGUCUUGUAGCUCCGAGACCUUCUUUGAGGACGACGACGAUAUGUCUGAUGCAUUGAUCGUGGCUGAUCGAGCCGAAAAAGCGGCAACACCACUUUUUAGGAUCACCAAGGACGGCAAUGAGACGCAGACACCGACUCAGUUUGCUUCUGACGCGCCAGCAGCACCUACGACUGCGGAGCAGCAAGCCAAGACCCGCGAGAGCACUCCAAUCUUGACCGCCGAUGAGGAGUUUGUACCACUGGAUGAUCAACUUGUGAUGCAAUCUGAAGGCACGAUCGCCUCUGACCACGCAGACGAAGAGCCAGCACCUCCACGCUCUCCCACUCCCCCUACUCGCGAGAGAAGGUUCAACAUGCGCGAAGUCGAUCACAACGAAGAUUACGACGGCGGGUUGCUGUCUGAUGGCGAACGAGAAGUCCUCACAAAGCUCAGAUCCUCAGCACUGCAACAAGGACCAAAGCCAAUGGUUCGCCUUCCUUUCCCAAAUCCAGUCCUCGACCGCUCACCUAUCUGGGGCGCGACGAACACAACAACACUCCGCACCUGCUUUCGCAUUGGUGAAGCGCUGAAGGAGGGCUGUCAGGCUGUGCGAUCGAACAGAAGCGUCAUACUCGAGCUCUACGCUCGUGUCACGGCAUCCUGGCGUGAGCCGGUCCCGUCGAGGAAGCAACACUUCAUGUUCAAAGACUUGUAUCACGACAGGCCACCCCAUCUCGAGGGGACGUACGAGCUUUGGGGCCAGAGUCAGCUAUGGGAUAUAGAUGGCCAAUCUUUCCUUCAGGCUGCGAAGAAGAAGGGUGGUGUGAUGUGCAGAGUCGUGGCGAGAAUGAAGAGGGUCGAGACGAAGUGGAGGCUUGAGAUACUCAGCUUUUGGGAGGCCGGCUGGGACGAUGUUGAGCUUGCUGGAGAGAUCUUUGCGAAGGUCUACGAGUUCCCGAGGGACUGA